AUGACUCUCCUGUUCACAGGAGAUGGGAAUCCUCCGAACUAUAUCUGCAAAAGAAAGUACAAGCUAAUGGCCAUCAUUGGUGGGCUGUCAUCUCACAAUUCUAGGCAGAUGCCUCACAUCUUGAACAUCUAUAAGAUGGCACAGCUCAGUUACAGCUCCUUUGACCCUGCAUUGAAAGAUAAAGCUCAGUUCCCUUCUGUCUACCGAAUGAUCCCAAAUGAAAGGGCUCAGUAUGUUGGGAUUGUCAAGCUGCUGAAGCAUUUUGGAUGGACCUGGAUUGGCCUCAUUGUUUCAGAUGAUGACAGUGGGGAAGCAUUAUUGAGGACACUUGUUCCUUGGCUGCUCCAGAGCAGCAUUUGUUUUGCCUUUAAGGAAAUUAUCCCAAUAGUGAAAAAAUAUUGGGUAGAACACGGGGAAGGAAUAGUUCAACUUAAUAAUAAAUUCUCAAGAAUCCACUUUACUCUUUCAUCUACUGAUACCAAUGUGAUUCUUAUUCAUGGGGACUCACAAUCUAUGGAGGGCUUGCGCAUGAUUCUGGUUUUCAGCGAGUUUGUUGAAAUGAAGCCCACAGAGAAGGUUUGGAUCAUCACAGGUCAGUGGGAUUUUACUUCCCUAUUCAAAAACCAAUAUUUCACCCCCAAAUCCUUCAAUGGCACACUGUCCUUUGAGCUACCCACAAAAGAGGUAGAAGGCUAUGUACAAUAUCUUACCACAAUAAAUCCAAAUGAAAAUUACGAUAAUGUUGCCGCUUUCCUUUGGGCCAAUGCCUUUCAAUGUUCACUCCCUCAAUAUGAUUUAUAUAUACACAAUGCAACCAACUGUACUGGGAAGGAGAAGCUGAGCAGCCUUCCUGAAUCUAUCUUUGAAAUGAGGAUGUCUGGCCAGAGUUACAGUAUCUACAAUGCUGUUUAUGUCGUAGCUCAUGCUCUCCAUGCCAUGCUUUCUUCCAGAUCAAAGCAUAAGUCCUGGGGAGAUGGAGGCACAUGGAGGCUUCAGCAUGUCCACCCCUGGCAGCUUCAUUCCUUCCUGAAACGUAUUCGUUUCAACAAUAGUGCUGGAGAGGAAAUCUUUUUUGAUGAGAAUGGGGAGCUGGGAAUUGGAUAUGAUAUCAUCAACACAGUUACUUUCCCCAAUCAGUCCAUGCAAAGAGCCCAUAUUGGAUGGACUGAUCCCCAGGCGCCUGAAGGGAAAGACUUCAUUAUCCACCAGAAUUUCAUUUUGUGGAACCACAAUUUUAUUGAGAAGCCUCCCAGAUCCACAUGUGUUGAGGGUUGCCAUCUUGGACAGAGCAAGACUAUGCGUGAGGGCAAAGAAAUUUGUUGUUAUGACUGUACACAGUGUCCUGAAGGGAUGUUUUCAGAUCAGACAGAUACAGAAAAGUGCAACAUGUGCCCAGAUGAUCAGCAUCCAAACAAGAAUCAAGAUCAGUGCAUCCCCAAAUAUGUAAACUACAUGUCCUUUGAAGAGCCUUUGGGAAUGAUUUUGGUUUCUUUGGUUCUUUUCUUUUCUCUGAUGGCCCUUGUGAUAAUAUGGAGCUUCUUUCAGCACAAGAAUACUCCCAUCAUUAAAGCCAAUAACUGGGCCAUUACUUGUAUCCUCCUCUUCUCUUUGCUCCUUUGCUUUCUCUGCUCUUUGCUUUUCAUUGGAAAACCUGGGAUUGUGUCUUGCAUUCUACGACAAACAUUGUUUGCCAUUGUUUUUUCUAUUGCUGUUUCUUCAGUUUUGGCCAAAACCCUCACAGUGGUCCUGGCCUUCAUGGCCACCAAACCAGGAAACAGGAUGAGAAAAUGGUUAGGAAAGCAUUUGGCAGUCUCAGUCAUUAUUCUUGCAACUCUGAUUCAAACUCUCAUUUGUGCCUUUUGGCUGGCUUUCUCUCCUCCAUUCCCAGAAUGGGACAUGCACUCCCAGAUGGGAGAGAUCCUAUUGCAAUGCAACGAAGGCUCAGAUGUGAUGUUCUACAUUGUCCUCAGCUACAUGGGACUUCUGGCCAUCAUCAGCUUCACUAUUGCUUUCUUUGCCAGGAAGUUGCCUGAUACUUUUAAUGAAGCCAAGCUGAUCACCUUCAGCAUGCUGGUCUUCUGCAGUGUUUGGGUGUCCUUUGUCCCCACUUACCUGAGCACCAAAGGGAAAUACAUGGUGGCCGUGGAGAUCUUCUCCAUCUUGGCAUCUAGCUCUGGAUUGCUGGGUUUCAUUUUUCUCCCUAAGUUCUACAUUGUUUUACUGAGACCUGAGCUCAAUUCCAGGGAUCAGCUGAAAAGGAGAAAAAAAUUCUAG